AAAACCUGUUUCCAGCCUUCCCUCCUUCACGGAAACAAACUGAAACACACACCCCAAGAAAAGCAAAAACGCACGGAACUCAAACGCACGGCUUGUUCCAGGAGGAGGGGAGUAAACCUCCUCCCAGCGCUAUCACAUUCAAACAGGCAACGGUGCGAGGUUGCCAGUUUGGCGCUAUCCCCCCCUCUUCCUCCCUGCUCCUUUAAAUUGGACCUUUGGAGCUGUAGCUUGUGGCUGAUUUGCAUUAUUCCGUUGUUUGUGGAGCUGAAGCUGAAGCCGCCGUCACUCCGCGCGGGAAUAACGGGACUUCGCCCGCAGCUCCGGGGACUGACUUUAGAGGGCAGCAGAUUUUCACCUCAAACAACUUGGUGUUUGGAGCCAUUCAUCUUCCCCUCUACACUGACCAGAGCCCCUGUCCGGCCUGUGGCAUGAUGUAGCACUUCAAGAAGCGUACCAGUGUCAUUCCUCCACUAAAGCGAGAGCCAAAGCAUAGAGAUCGGCUGCAGCCCUGCAUGAAGAAAUGCUGCCCCAUCAUUCAUUUGGAACAGAAGGCAUUCUGGGUACACAGUGGGAGUCUAGCGUUGGUCAGCAAUAAAGUUUCCCUACUAUCCUUUGGUGGAUUAUUAAACAAUGGAUGACACAACAGUCACUGACCUCAAAGAGUCAACAUCGGAGCAGUCAGUAAAUCGGAUUGACACUCAUAAACCUGGGACCACCAGGCUGGAAGAACCACACAGCAGAUUUAUCGUCCUUUGAUUUGAAAGAAAUCUGCAAAGAAGUCACAUUGAUGGAUUUAAUUAAGGACGUUUUUGACUCAAACCCCGAGUUGUCUGAAAAAUAACCGCACCAGUGUAUGUCAUUUUGACGCCGUGUUUUGACACAUCUGAGUCACCUGUACCAUGUGGUCAAUGGGCUUGCUUUUUUCUCACACCUUUUGGACUCUAGAUUUAUCGUGAUGCUGCUUUUCUCUGUUGCACUCUCAGAGUUUCCCACGAGCGGAUUUUGACUGUUGACAAGAUGCCUCUGCUCAAAGUCAGGAGAAUCAGGACUUUUACUCUCCUUUUUUGUGUGAUUACAUUUACAACUUUCCUGUUCAGCUAUACCUUCCGGGACCCUUCACUCUACUUCUUUAAGUACGCAUUUCGCCUUUCGGACAACUUCUUCUCCAAAGGGCUGUGUGCCUGUCGUCAGUGCAUAGCAGAGCUGGAGGAUGACCCGUGGUUCGCCGAACGCUUUAAUCAGUCCAUCCACCCUCUGAUGACCAGAGAGAACAGUGCCCUCUCCGAUGAGACCUUUAAGUGGUGGCAGUGGUUGCAGUCAGAGAGGCAGCCGGCCAACUUCAGCGAAGUGGUGGAGGAGCUGUUCCAAGUCAUCCCCGAUGAGGUGCUUUACAUGGACGCUGGCCCCGAGCGCUGCAGGACUUGCGCCGUCGUGGGGAACUCUGGGAACCUGAAGGGGUCCCAUUACGGUGGCCUCAUCGACUCCAGUGAUUUCAUUAUAAGAAUGAACCAGGCUCCCACCAGUGGUUUUGAGGAGGAUGUGGGCAGCAGGACAACUCAUCAUGUCAUGUAUCCAGAAAGUGCCAUAGACCUGGACAAUAUUACUAGUCUGGUGCUGAUCCCUUUCAAGACUCUGGAUCUGCAGUGGAUUAUUAGUGCUCUGACCACUGGCACUAUUAAACACACAUAUUUACCUGUGAUGUCCAGGAUAAAGGCAAACAAAGAUAAGGUGUUGAUUUACAGUCCAACAUUUUUCAAAUACGUCUACGAAUCGUGGCUUGACAGUCAUGGACGAUAUCCUUCGACCGGUUUCCUCAGUUUGCUGCUCGCUGUCCACAUAUGUGAUGAGGUCAGUGUGUUUGGAUUCGGUGCAGACCAGUAUGGAAACUGGCACCACUACUGGGAGGAGAACCAUUUGGCCGGAGCUUUCCGACACACAGGAGUCCACGAUGGAGAUUACGAAUAUAAUGUCACCCUGCUGCUGGCAGACAAGCACAAAAUCCGAAUGUUUAAAGGCAGAUGAUACCGAGCCCAUAUGUGCAGCUGGAUGACCACCAAAUGAACCUCAACAGCCUUUUAAUGUUUGUUACCCACCAAAAGAAGAAUUUUGUUUUCAUUUUAUUUCUUUAUUUUACGGAUUCCAAAGACAUUUUCACUAUUCUGCUCAGCCCAGUUUCCUGUCAUUUACUGAAGUGAUUGUUUAACAAAUGUCACUUCUAUUGUCACACCAGGAGACGAGGACAGGCCAUCCAUAAGACAAAAUCAGCACUGCCAUGGGAGACUGAGCAGACAAUAGUAGAAGGGAGACGAAGAUGUAUUUUAACAAGCAUGUUAUUAUAAAAAGAUGAAGUACUACUACAUAGUAUGUGUAUAAUCCAUGUGUCGCUUUUCUAUAUAACGAUGUCCAGCACUGUGGCCGCCAAAAGCUUUGUAUGCUAAUGAUCAGACCAAGUGCCGUAAUUACCGUUAAUGUGUCAUUCAAUUGCCUCUGUUGCAAACUGUUUAAGUUUAAAUUGAUACCCAAUAAAUGUAAAAGCAUUUAAAGCAAAACCCUACAGACCUAACAUCAAAAUGCAUUUCCACAAUAUGGCAUUGGUUUUUUACUUUGGAGUGAUGGACAUGCGAGAAAUUCUGCUGUUUUUUGUCAGACCCACCAAUUUUUUAAUGUGCAACCUUCACUAAAUAGCUCUUUAUUAACUUGCUUUCCUGAUUACAGCUGUAAAAUAAAGUUUAAUGACACUAAAGGGGUACCUAAAUUGAACCCAAAAUCUGGCCCAAAGAAAUUAUUUUACUACAUUGGGACAUUUACAGAAAACCCAUAGGACUACAGCCACAUCUGUGGGAAAUACUUAAGUGUUCAGUCCAAAUGUCAAACACUAUAUACUAAGUUUUGCAGUAUAGUUUAAAAAAUAACCAUAUAGUCAUAUUUUUACUUUGCUUGUGGUUAUAUUUUGUUAUUUUUUUAUUUUUAAGCCACAAUGCUAGAGCAAAAAUUAAGUCUCUAUCAAAAAGAGUCUAAAAAUGAUUAUGCACUUUGUUUUGCGACUAAUAAGCUUCAGUAGUGCUAUGUAUUUCGAGCCAAAUGUUAGCUGUCUAACCUGCUAAGCUAUGAUGGGGAACAUGUUAAACAUUCCUUGUGCUAAUAAUGCUAGCAUUAUCAUAAAGAGCAUUUUAGCAUGCUAGUAUUGAGCUCAAGUUCCCCUGUGUCUCACAGAGCUGCUGGUAUAUGCAGUGUAUUCAUUUUCCCACACUUAAUCUUAUUUUCUCCUUAUUUUGUUGAACAUUUGUGGGCUGUAGUGUUUUUUGUGACACCAGUAUGUAUCUCCUAGCAAGUCAGAAUUAGCACGGUGACACUAAAAAAAAUUAAUAAGCUAGUUCCUUAGUUGUCACUCUCUGUGCUCGCUGUGCACUGAGGGUACAAAUAAGACUUAGCUUUUUAAUCUUAUUCUUCUUAUUUUGCUGGAUAUCUCUUGACUGUGAUGGUUGAGAAGUAGACACACAAAUCUGAGCUAGCACGCUGGUACUCAUGGGCUACAUUGCAGUAUCCACAUCUUCUAUCCUUUGCUUUUUCAGAUAUGUCUUAGUCACAUUGAGAACAAUAGAAUGACAACCUCCUUGUGACUAGGAAAAAUCUGUCAUUGUUUGUACUGAAUUUCUUCACAUUGGCGACUUAUUUCGAAUAGUUGGGACCAACAACUGGUUGCCUAAAGGUUAAGUGUGUAACACUCAACAACUUGUAAUUCAACAGCUUGCCACCAAAAUUAUUUUCUCAUUAUAUCUUUAUAUAAAAGCAAAGUUGCUGAGCACCAAUGUCAUCUUGGAGUUAAAUGACCGUAAUGCAGCAACUACAUCACUAUUUGUGGAGGGAUUUCUGAAUUUUAAAUCCAUUGGUUCUGGUUGGCAGUAGCAGUUAAUGUAAAUUUCUGUUUAAUAUGAAUUUCUGUGGAUACAGACAGCAAUGAAUUUGUAUUUUUCACCAGUUUAACACAGUUGAUCACCAUAUUAAUAAAAACUGACCGCAUUUAAAUGCUGACUUGACCCCAUUCAAUUACAAACUGAUAGCAGACUAACUCCAUCUUAUUGCUGUUGCAUUGCCAUCUUUGAAGUCAGCAACUGACUGAGAGUAGUCCCAGACCCAGUCUUUGUUUUCAAAGCAACUUCUUCAAAGGACACCAGUUCAGUCAUUUUCAUUUUCUCUAGUUGUAGUAUCAAAUUUUCUACCCACAGUUUAAGUGUUACAUACCCAGUGCGUAUUAGGAGAGAUGACUGUAAUGAAAAAUCUCUUGAAAUUUUCAUGAAUUAUAUGAAUUAUUUCCAUCUCUUUGACAGAGGGCUGGCCUGAGCUACAUAUUCAGAGCACAGAGACCACAUUAGACAGGAUGCAGCGUGUGCUUCAGCUGCUUUCACUAAAAAUACCAUAAUGUGGCACCUUCCUGCGGCUUUAUGUGGCGGUGUGGGCGUGUUAAUAUGUAAAAUGUAACCGAGGUGAAACAGAAAAUAACGUUUUAUUGCUCUUAUUUGUUCCCGUGAUCACCUCUCUCUCUCUCUCUCUCACCACUAACCACUGUAGCUCUCUCUCGCUCUCUUUCUUGUUGAGCUGAGGUGAAGGGGGUCAGCUUUUGAUGUUUCAAUGUAACUCACAAUUUCAGCACAUUCUACUUUUGAAAUUGUAGAAUACCAAGACCAACUUAGUUUCUGUUCUAGACAGAAAGAAAGUUUGGUGUUUGGAAUUUGUUGUUUCUUUUAUUAAAUCUGCUGGGCCAAAAGGACUCUACUGGAGACCUGCAGCUACCUGUGGAUUAAGAGUUGUGUUAUAGCAAAGCAAUCAAUGAGAUUGUGCCAUUGGGUGUGAUGGAAAAAUGAUAGAAAGGUUUUCAGUGUUUGCAGAGUAACACAAACAGCGGGUUCUUUGUCAUUGAUCAUCAACACCUGACAUACGAACCAGCCUAUACAGGGGUGCCUUAUCGUUGAAAUCAGUGAUGUAGUAUACAUUUUUUGAUGUAUUAUGUGACACAGUUUGUAAAUGAAAGUAUGUGUAAAGUGCCUUACAGUUAAAGUGUACUGUAUUGUUGUGUAAAUCUGACACUCAUAUGCUUGGUACACACAGUAUAGCUGUCUCAUUUAUUGUCAGUAAGAUGCCAACAUGUUUUGCACUUUUUGAUGAGGCGUCGCUCUGUUUUGUCCAGACUUUAUUAGCUUGCUGAUCACACUGAACUCUCACCUUCUUAUUUUUACUCACAGACAUCUGACCUGAAAUGUUGUGCUUGUUCAGAUGAUGCAGGAGUUAGGCUUAGCUGCAGUAACAGACUAUGAUUUGCUCUGUGUGCCUUGUAACAGAUUAGAGACAUUUGUCUGGCCGGUGUCUUUUCUUCAUUCCCGCACACAUGAGCGGGACGGAGACAAACCACAAUUUGGUUUUUCCUGUCACCAUGAAUUCAUUCAGCUGCCACAGAAGACAACAGGGGUGUGAAUGUGUCAUACAGGGAGCAGGGAAUACUGCCACCUAGUGGACAAAAACGUGGGUCAGCAUUAACGUGUUUUGAUUUGUUAUUAUAUGAUUCAGUAUGAACUGGCACUUUUCAAACUGUAUUCAUUGUUUAUCGUUUAAAUAAACUGUAAGUAGUGCAGUUGUUUCAGUCUUCACACACACACUAGCUGUGAAGAUGGAUGUACGUAAGACUAAGACAAAAAAUAAAGGCUCCAAUGAAAAGAAUGGGCGACUUCAUUUAGUUUUACAGAAAAUUGUUAAACACACAGUCUGACACACAUUAGGCUGGAAAAUUCCUACAACAGCU